GUUUAUUACGCAAGUAGCAGUUAUUUCAAUUUAGAUAAUAAAAAAAGCUGUCAUGGAGAAGUAUGACACAAGCAACAAGUCUCUCUUCUUUCCUAUUGAAGGGAUUACAGAAAAAGAUUUGUCUGACUGGAAUCGGUCAUUACAUAAAUGCAGAUUGAAAUUUGCCACCAUUAAAAAAACCUCCAAUGAUACAAAAGGAGCAUUGGUAAAUUGCAACGAGAAGUCAGUUGCUUUAUUUAAACAUAAAGACACUAUUUAUGCCAUUGAUGACAAAUGCCCACAUUCUGGUGGACCAUUACACAUGGGAGACAUUGAAGAAAUGCCGAAUGGAACAUUAUGUGUCAGGUGUCCUUGGCACAGUUGGAGAUUUAACCUGUUGGAUGGAUCUGUGGUUUGGCCUAAUACACGAGAAGAUAACAAGACAAAUGUUUAUCAUACAAGAGUUGAUCGAAACGGCACCAUAUCGAUAGCAUUUAAAAACUUUGAUGAGAAAUAUUUCAAGGCUGAAAAUGAUUUUUAAAUUAUUUAUAUUGCC